AUGGCCACGAGCGGCAAGUCUCUGGCCAUCACAGCCGGCAUCUAUGCCAUCAUCGCCCUCCUCGUCUUCAUCUUCUUCUCAUGGUGGCGCACCACCAAGCUCACCCGCAAGUUCUUCAGCCCCAAGCUGUACACGCCGGGGGAGCACCGCCCGCCGCCCAUAUCGGCACGGUUUGGGGCGUGGGUCCCCAAGGUGCUGUACAUGAGCGAGGCUGAGGUGAUCCGGUGCGGCGGCGUGGAUGCCGCCAUGUACAUCAAAAUUCUACGCAUGGGCGUGGAGAUCUUCCUCAUCGUGUCUUUCUUCGUGCUGGUCAUCAUCCUGCCCAUCAACUGCACCGGCAGCGAGGUGGACAACCUGAUGUCGGACCCGAACGGGGCUGGCCUGGAGUCCAACCCCCUCUACCAGUACCUCGUACCCAACGGUACCGCCACCAACAGCAGCAAUGCAGCCACUGGGGAGGCCAUCACCACGCUGCCCGAUGUGUACAACAGCACCGAGGGCGACCCGCCCCCCGGCAUGAUCUGGUGGCGCUACAACGACGACAUCGACCCGCGCGCCUACCAGCAGCCGGAGCAAGUGCUGGGGCCCAACUACUCGACGUACGGCUGGAGGUGGGAUCAGGCCUACCAGCAGGUGGACUACAAGUUCACCUCCCUGGACAAGACCACCAUUUCCAACAUCCCGCCCCGCUCGCCGCGCCUGUGGGCCCACGCCGUCAUCACCUGGGUUGUCUCCUUCUUCGUCUACAUGUGCCUGUGGAAGUACAACAAGGAGGCGCUGCGCCUGCGCAUCUUUUACCUGCUCAACCAGCCCCCGGGAGCAGAGUCGCACACCAUCCUGUGCCAGGACGUGCCCGGCGUGGCCUGGGGCACCAUCCCCAACCGCGCCGACGGCACCUUGCUCAAGAUCAUCCCCAAGAGCGUCAAGCAGCAGGCCUUCAAGCAGACGGCCAUGCUGGCUGAGAAGGGCAAGUCGACGGUGGGCGGCGUGGGCGGCGCGGUGGGCGGCGUGGGCAGCGGCGCUGUCAAGGCGCUGGCCGGCAACGAGGACCUGGAGUCGUCCAACCUGGCCGCCGCCCAGGCCCUGAGCUCCGGCGGGCUGCAGGUGGACGCCGCCACCGGGCGCUGGGAGAUGCGGGACGCGUGGGCCGAGGCGGUGGCAGGGAUCAAGGCGCACGACGGCAGCGUGGGAGCGAUGGUGGAGGAGGAGUUCCGCAAGAUCUACGGCGAAGACCUGGCGGCGGUGCACAUGGUGCACAACACCUCGGCCCUGGACCCUCUGGUAGCGGAGUACGAGAAGCUGCGCCUGGCCUGCACCGAUCUCAUCGACAACUACAUCUCCCUCAAGCGCCGCGGCAAGGAGAUGGCGCCCAAGAAGCUGACCGUGUUGGGCGCGGCCAUGGGCGCCUGGGGCCGCGAGAAAUACGGCAUGAAGCCGGUCAAGGUGGACGCCUUUGAGUUCUACAGGGACCGGCUGACGGAGCUGCGCCGCGCGAUCCACGAGGAGCAGGGCAAGGCCCAGGAGGCCUCCAACGUAUUCCCCUCCGCCUUUGUCACCUUCAAGCGCCGCACCAGCCAGGUGGUGGGCGCGCGCACGCUGAUGAGCGAGGACCUGUCUGCCUGGCGCUGCCAGGCGGCGCCGCGCGCCGAGGAGAUUGUCUGGGGCAACCUGGGCUUCCGCAUCUGGGAGCGCUCGGGCCGCACCCUGGCCAUGUACGGCCUGUAUGUGGCCGGCAUGGCGUUCUUCAUGAUCCCCGUGGCCGCGGUGCAGGGCCUGCUCUCCAUGAACUCAUUCCUGGACUUUGUCAACUCCAUCCCCAUUGCCGGCGCCUUCCUGACGGGCAUGCUGCCGGGCCUGGCCCUCAAGAUCUUCCUGGCCCUGGUGCCCAUGUUCAUCGUCAUGAUGAACAAGUUUGCGGGCAUGGUGUCUCAGAGCCAGAUCGACCUGGGCCUCGUCUCCCGCUACUUCUACUUCCAGGUGGUCACUCUGUUCCUGGGCUCCUUCAUCGCCGGCACCUUUGCCAACCAGCUCAACCAGUUCAUCAACGACCCGAGCUCCAUCAUCACCAUCUUUGGCACCAGCGCCCCGCAGACAGCCAUCUUCUUCCUCACCUACGUCUUGCUUGAAGCGCUGCUCACCGGGUCCCUCACCCUCAUGCGCCUGGUGCCCCUCAUCAUCUUCUGGGUGAAGAGCCGCUUCCUGGCAGGCACCGAGCGCGCCAAGGCUCGGCUGUGGCAGAACCAGCUGAUGGCCUACGGGGUGCUGGUCCCCAACGACACCAUGGCCUUCCUGCUGUGCCUGACCUUCUGCACCAUCUGCCCCAUCAUCGCCCCCGUGGGCCUGCUGUACUUCAUGGUCAACUACAUGGUGUGGAAGUACCAGCAGGUGUACACCUACACUCCCACCUACCAGAGCGGCGGCCUGGUCUGGGUGCGCGUGUUUGACCAGUGCAUGCUGGGCAUGGUGAUGUUCCACCUGCUCAUGGUCGCCAUCCUGGGCCUGAAGAAGUCCAUCGGCGCGCCCAUCUUCGUCCUCAUCCUCCUGACCUUCGACUUUGUCUUCUGGGUUGCCGUGCACAAGCGCUUCUGGCGGCCCCAGGAGUGCCUGUCGCUAAUCUCUGCCGCCGACAUGGAUGCCAAGGAGAAGGCGGCCAAGGGCGACUCGCGCCAGCUGGGCAAGGAGCUGGACCAGGAGGUGAGCGACCGCUACCUGUCGCCAUCAUUCAAGUUCAGCGACGAGCAGCACGAGCAGACUCUGGACGAGGCGGCGCGCAUGGCGGCGGUGCUUGCCGGCGGCGAGGACGAGAAGCUCUUUGCCAUCUACGAAGAGGAUGACGAUGUGGUGGCGGGCGACGUGGAGGCGCCCAAGCCUGCCGCCAGCGCCACCGCGGCGGCGGCCCCGGCGGCGGCGGCGGUGCCCGCGGCCCGCAACUCAACUGAGUAUGAGGAGGCCUCUGAGCGCUUCCACGACGCCUCAUCCCAGAAGUACAACCGCUCCUCCUACGCCUCCUCCUACGCUUCGGCGGAGGACGAGGCGCCGACGCCCAGGGACGCGUGA